AUGACUACCUAUUAUGGAGUGUUUUUAAUUGGAUGGAACCAGUACACAGUUUGUGUCAGUAUUCACAUGGUGACACUGAUAGCUCUAGAGAGGGUUAUAGCUGUGUGUUUUCCUUUUAUGGCUUCAACGGUUCUAACGCCAUUUAGAAUAAAAUGUAUGGUUGUUACCAUAUUUUUUUCAGAUGGAGUAUUUUACAUUCCAAGAGCUUUUAUGUACCGAAUACAGUGGACAUUUUAUAGCGGAACCAACAGUACCGUUGCUUUUGGGUAUUCGUCUGAAUUUGGUAUGAGCAAAGGAUUUGCUAUUUACAACCAAGGAUUUAUUAGCAUUGUUUCAAUUAUUAUUCCAACAGUUAUUAUUAUACUUAGCACAUUGGUUAUCAUAAUUAAAUUAACAAUAUCAUAUAAAAAUAUGAAGAAAAUGUCUUCAGCUAAUGCGGGCUCUAAGAGAGUCAAGGACGUCAGAUCUAUUAAAAUAACACUUACUAUCUGUGUUUGUGUGUUAUUAUUUGUUCUUAUUCCAACAAACACUUUAAAUUCUUUUAUAUAUGAUCGAACACUAUUUUCUUUUAAUUGUUCAAGUGUAAUAUAUAUUUCGUUAUUUCUCAUCUAUCAAACCAAUGCAUCUAUAAAUUUUAUUAUUUACGUUGCUAUGAGCCCAAAAUUUUAUAAUACAUAUAAAAACUUAAUUUAUUGGCUUAUCUGUUAUUGA